AUGUAUCAAAUGAAAACCCUGACAGAACAAUUGGAGGCUUCAGAUCUCAAUAUCGUUGAUGGUAUUGUGUUACUUGAGUGUGCAGUAAGAUCAUUGGAAGAAAUCCGAAAUGAUACCGACCAAUUAAAUAAACUCAUAUCAAUUGCCAAAGUAUUUUCAUUGAAAAUGGAAGUGGACCGAGUUGUUGAUUUUCAGAGACAUCAUAGGAAACGGUUGAAUCCUGAGAAAAUUGAUUCCAAUUAA